CGGCCCUCUGGUGGUGGCGACUGACAUCACUGACACGUCGCCUUCAGUGUCCGUGAUUUGAGGCAGUGCGUAGACCUGCGGCCACUCAGUCGUGCACUCUUCCUCAGCUGACUUCACCAGGCAGUCAUCAUGGGGAUAAAAUUCUUGGAGGUGAUAAAACCGUUUUGUGCGGUGCUGCCGGAGAUACAAAAGCCUGAACGUAGGAUUCAGUUCAGAGAAAAGGUGCUAUGGACUGCUAUCACUCUGUUCAUCUUCCUUGUUUGCUGUCAGAUUCCCUUGUUUGGGAUCAUGAGCUCAGACUCGGCAGAUCCCUUCUACUGGAUCCGUGUAAUCCUGGCUAGUAACAGAGGCACACUCAUGGAACUUGGUAUUUCUCCCAUUGUCACCUCCAGUCUUAUCAUGCAGCUGUUAGCUGGUGCUAAAAUUAUUGAGGUGGGUGACACGCCAAAGGACAGAGCUCUUUUCAAUGGUGCUCAGAAGCUAUUUGGUAUGAUGAUAACAAUUGGACAAGCAAUUGUGUAUGUUAUGACAGGCAUGUAUGGUGACCCAUCUGACCUGGGUGCUGGAGUUUGUCUUCUUAUCAUCAUCCAACUCUUCGUUGCUGGCCUGAUUGUAUUGUUGCUUGAUGAGCUCCUGCAGAAGGGCUAUGGCCUUGGGUCUGGUAUCUCCCUGUUCAUCGCCACAAACAUCUGCGAGACCAUUGUAUGGAAAGCCUUCUCCCCAGCCACAGUUAACACAGGCCGUGGCACAGAAUUUGAAGGUGCUGUCAUUGCUCUCUUCCAUCUGCUGGCUACUAGACAGGACAAGGUACGAGCUCUAAGGGAAGCUUUCUACCGCCAGAAUCUGCCCAAUUUGACCAACCUUUUGGCUACUGUCCUUAUCUUUGGAAUAGUUAUAUAUUUCCAGGGCUUCAGAGUGGACCUUCCUAUCAAGUCUGCUCGUUACCGUGGCCAGUACUCAUCAUACCCCAUCAAGCUGUUCUACACCUCCAAUAUUCCCAUCAUUCUCCAGUCUGCGCUUGUAUCAAACCUCUACAUUAUAUCUCAGAUGUUAGCUGUAAAGUUUCAUGGAAACUUCUUUGUUGGUCUCCUUGGUGUGUGGGCAGACACUGGCUCUGGUGGCCCUGGACGUGCUUCCUACCCAGUUGGUGGCCUCUGUUAUUACAUGUCCCCACCUGAGUCAUUUGGCCACAUUUUGGAAGAUCCCAUCCAUGCUAUGAUCUACAUUGCUUUCAUGCUGGGCUCCUGUGCAUUCUUCUCAAAGACCUGGAUUGAAGUGUCUGGUUCAUCUGCAAAGGAUGUUGCCAAGCAGCUCAAGGAGCAACAAAUGGUAAUGCGUGGUCACCGUGAGAAGUCCAUGAUCCACGAGCUGAACCGUUACAUUCCUACAGCAGCAGCUUUUGGUGGUCUUUGCAUUGGUGCACUUUCAGUUUUGGCAGAUUUCCUCGGUGCUAUUGGAUCCGGCACAGGUAUCCUGCUUGCAGUAACAAUCAUCUACCAGUACUUUGAAAUAUUUGUAAAGGAGCAGAGUGAAAUGGGUGGCAUGAGUACAUUACUCUUCUAAGCCACUACCUCAGGAAUAGCAUACUGUAUUUAAAGAAUUUGUGUACAUGUCUAGGUUGAGAAAUGAAAGGUGUCCACGGCAGACAGUGGUGGGAAAUUACUAGCAGUGAUGACCAGUUUUGCACGGCUGGUUGUGGUUUGAUAUGUCAUGAUGUAAUAAAAGGAUUGUGUGAUGUUCCUUGUGUCACCUUUGGUUGUAAUUUUUAUUGCUUAAGGUGUCAAGGUUUUUUUUUAUAUAGUAGUUGGUGUAUUUAUUUUUAAUUCCUAUCGUGGACUAAAGGUACAAUAACAUGGAAUUUGUGUCUGUUCAUUUCUAGGAUUUCCGUUAUUGUUUUGUAAAGUUUACUCGAAGAAAUAUUUUUUUCAUAGACAAUGGGUGAAUAAGAACCAGCUGUGUUGACAGCACUGGAAGAAUCCUAGUAUAGUGUUGGAAUAGCCAGUGGCAUGGUGCAGGAGUGUGCUGUUGCCAGUCGGCUUUAUUCUGUGAUUGGAUGAGUGGUGUCAGUGGAUUAUUGUAUGCAAGGUUUAUGUGCAAAUGUUUAUACUUUUUACAAGUAGUAAUAAGGAUGUAAUAAUUCAGAAACAAUAAAAAAAAAGAAUAUUUGAA